AUAUCAACCGAUGUGCAUCAAUAAUUAUGGUAUCUAUAUAUCCAAGGAAUGGGAGUAUUAUUAGGGAUGAAAUGUAGAAUAAGGCAACCCCUGACAACUCUAUCUGCUGCCGCUGUCUGGCGUGGCGUGCGCUGCCCAGUCAGUGGAGGACCCGCGAGGCAGUAAGAGGAAAGAAGUGUCGUGGUUACUGAAUGUUCAAGAUGAGAUCCUUUGUAGACGUGGACCCUGACAGCCACUUCCCGAUCCAGAACCUGCCGUAUGGAGUGUUUUCGACGCCUGGCAACGCAACACCGCGUAUCGGCGUGGCCAUCGGUGACCUGAUCCUGGACCUGUCCAUCCUGGCCCAGCUCUUCACGGGGCCGCAGCUCAAGAACCAGCAGCAUGUAUUCAAGGAGUCCACCCUGAACAGCUUCAUGGGCCUUGGUCCUGCUGCCUGGAGUGAGGCUCGAGCCACCCUCCAACGCCUCCUGGCUCAUGAUGAGCCCACCCUCCGUGAUGACUGCCAGCUGAGGGCAAAAGCACUGGUGCCACAGGCUGGGGCAACUAUGCACCUUCCAGCAAACAUCGGUGACUACACUGACUUCUACUCCUCCAUAGACCAUGCCACCAAUGUUGGCACCAUGUUUAGAGGAAAGGAGAAUGCGCUCAUGCCAAACUGGAAAUACUUACCUGUGGGAUACCAUGGCCGAGCCUCCAGUGUGGUGGUGUCUGGCACUUCAAUUCACCGGCCAAACGGUCAGACUCGACCCAAGGAUGAUGAGCCACCUGUAUUUGGGCCGUGUCGCCUGAUGGACUUUGAGUUGGAGAUGGCAUUCUUUGUGGGUGGUGGGAAUACACUGGGGCAGCCGAUUAGUGUAAAGGAAGCUCAUAACCACAUCUUUGGCAUGGUGGUGAUGAAUGACUGGAGUGCUCGCGACAUCCAGAAAUGGGAGUAUGUGCCACUGGGUCCCUUUCUGGCCAAGAACAUGGGCACCACCAUCUCACCUUGGGUGGUGACCAUGGAGGCACUCAAGCCCUUCGUGGUUGACAAUUACCCACAGGACCCCACACCCUUCCCGUACCUGAAGCAUGAUGACAAGUAUAAUUAUGACAUCAAGCUGGAAGUAGGCAUCAAAAGUGCUGGGAGAAAGGAGGCGGGGACAGUGUGUCGCAGUAACUUCCGCCACAUGUACUGGACCAUGAAGCAGCAGCUUGCCCAUCACACUAUCACUGGCUGUAACAUGCGCCCUGGUGACCUUCUGGCUUCAGGAACUAUAUCAGGACCGACUGAAGAUUCCUUCGGCUCAAUGUUGGAGCUGUCUUGGCGUGGCAGCAAGACCGUGGACAUAGGCAACGGUGAGACACGGAAAUUCUUACAGGACGGUGAUGAGGUUGUCAUUACUGGUUACUGCCAAGGCGAAGGUCACAAGGUUGGCUUUGGCCUCUGCACUGGUAAAGUCCUCCCAGCAAAUCCUGUCAAUUAAAUCAACUAAUAAUAAAUCUGUAAACAUGGCUCAUGGUUUGGCAUUUAUAAAAUAAUGUUUGUAAUAAACUCAUAGUGACAAAAGAUUUAGUAUCAGUCAUUGUUCAGUGUUAAAAAAUCUUACCAUGCAAAGCAACCUUACAGCCAUAUCCAGUUUUCAAACUUUAGAUUAGGAAAGCUCCUUAACAGUUGCUCAAAAGUACAGGAAUAAUGCAGCUAAAACUUAAUGAAACUUGUACUGAACUCCCAUUAACUACCCUCUAGUAAAACUUUUUUUGACAUAUGAAAUGGAAAUGGGUGUAGAUAUAGAGCCUAGUUCCUAAAUCACCUUAGAUUCCACACACCAUUUUUAAGGUUCAUCAGACAUCACUUGGUUGUAUUCCCAAGUCAUGGGUCCUCCCUGUGUCCUGCAUUUGUACAUCCCUUUCAUCAGUAACUGUAAAGAAAAUAUUUAUGCACCAGUAGAUCAAGAAUAAUUUUUAAUAAGAUAACAAGUUCUGUACAUACUAGUGUUCAUGAAUAUUCAAGAAUCUCUUAAGUUAAUUCAAAGCUUAUUCCUAGUAACAACAUUCCAUAAAUGUAAUUUACAAUUAUUACUUUUGUAUAUGGUUAUGAUGUAAUAAAGCAGUAUAAAAUGGAAAUGCAAAA